AUGCACGACAUCCCUGAGUUCAAGCUUGAUCAAGUUGCUCGCAGCUAUGGUCCAAGAGCAAAGAUUGCUCUGCAUGGCUCGGCUCCAUACGCUCUGUCUAUAGACAACCUUCGAGAUCUCUCAGACAGCAAACGCAGUCCCAUCGAUACCGAGCUUCCGCUGUCAUACGCGCCAUCGCUCGGCACAACCGAGCUACGCAAACGUUUAGCAGAGAUAUAUGCAACCGAAGAAGCGCCAUUGACAGAGGACAAUGUCAUCAUUACACCUGGGUCGAUCAUGGCAAACUAUCUCGUGUUGACUACGACGUGCACCGAAGGCGAUCAUGUAAUUUGCCAAUUCCCGACUUAUGGUCCGCUGUAUCUGUUGCCCAAGUAUCUAGGUGCUGAGAUGGACUACUGGGUUAUGAAAGAGAAGAAUGCGUGGUAUCCUGAUAUAAAAGAGCUUAAAGCACUGAUCAGGCCAAACACCAAGGCGAUCAUUCUUACCAACCCCGGCAAUCCGACAGGAACCGUUCUCAGUAAGGAGACGUUGGACCAAGUCCGAGACUUGGCCGCAAAGCACAAUAUCACCAUCUUCGGCGAUGAAGUCUUCCGCCCCCUCUUCCACGACGACACUGCAACCCCUCCAUCCGUUAUCUCCUUGGGCUAUAGCAACACUGUGUCUACUGGAUCAGUCUCUAAAGCGUACUCCCUCCCAGGUAUCCGCAUCGGCUGGAUAAUCUCGCCGAAUAACGAUAUUCUCCAGCGUAUCAUAGCAGCUCGAGACUACACUACUCUGAACGUGUCGCGGGUGGAUGAUGCCAUCGCGCUCUUCGCUUUAUCUCCCGAGAUUCUACCCAAGAUUGUUGCGCAGAACUUGGCAACUCAAGCGAAGAAUAUUGAUCAGUUUGAUCAGUUUGUGAAGGGAAACUCGGAUCGGUGUCGAUGGGUUCGUCCGAGAGGUGGCGGAACGGCUUUCAUACACUUUUCUGGGUCAGAUGGAAAGUCAAUCGAUGAGGUUGCUUUUGCCGAUAGACUCGUAGAUGAGUUUGGCGUCGCCGUAAUUCCGGCUGGUGCAGGUUUCAGUGAGGAGGAAAUAGCCGAUUACAGAGGAUAUCUUCGUCUCAACCUGGGACAGCGAGUGGGAGUAGUUGCUGAAGGACUCAGAAUUAUCGAGACAGCUAUGCAAGGUAAGGCUGAGGACUAA